AUGUCAAUUCCAUCAGAUAUUGGAUUGCUGAUAGAAUCAUGCAAACAAGCUGCUACAUUCCCGAGAAAUCUUAUUCAUAAAUUGGUACCCCAACAUUAUUUGGAUGCGUACUUUGCCCGUUUGGAGAAUCAAUCGUCCCGAAUCUUUUGCGAAGAUGGCAAGGCUGCCGUCGACAUCUGGGAAUAUGAUGACAAUGUCAAAGAAUUUCAAUCUACGUGUGUGUCGAGUGGUAUGGAGCUAGUACCACGACUUGAAGGAGUGCCCCGGUUUAGUCAUGAUGAUCCAAGAUGCAGAUUUCUAUUUCUGCAUGCUUUUCACUCUCGCGAUUAUUUGAGAAUAAGCAAGGAAAUGUUGGUUGCUGCUCUCACACACCAUCAAGUGAUGGCUGCUUUUCUGGACUUUGUAUUCCCUUUUGGGAUGCAAGAGCACCCUCAGGAUUUCUACUUUAGUGGACUACGAGAAGAAUCAAGACUGCAAUACCCUCCUUGUGGCUUGGUGGUACCUGAAUUAGGACGAUCGGGUCGAGAAAUACGUUUGUGCUACAAUUUGAAAUCAGUUGAGACGUCCGGGAGCAACAGAGACUGGCCUUGGUCAAUUCGACAAACAGCCAUAUACCACUCAUUUGAUGUAGAGACAGGCAAGUCAUUUUGGAUAGUGGUCAAAGGGAGCGAAUUGAUCAAAGCAAGAAUCAAAGCAGCCACUUCCAAAGGGUCCUCUGGUUCGACAAGCCUGAAGUCGUUCGGUUCAAUGACCCAGGCAUUUGCUUCGACUAUGGCUACACAUCUAGUUCUAUGUGACUGGUGUGACGAAGAGUGGCGGUGGUAUCUGAACUACCUCGAGAAGAGGCUUCAGGAUGCCACUCGUCGCGGGUUAGCAAUCAUCAUCGAUAAGGACCCAAGUUUGUUCAACGAGCCAAUUCAACCGGAAAUCAAGUCACCCUCGUCGCCGUCUAGGAUACGGCGGACCGUAACAGAGAUAACCCGACGGACACUCUCGACAACUUCGCGGCUGACAAGGUCAAGCACAGGCCUCCAGGAGCAGAAGAUCCAGACACCAUUUGCAUUCCCUCCAGCGACUCUACCUUCGCCACCUCAAUCUCCACCUCCCCCUCCUUCUGGACCACCUCCACCUCCCAUUAUUCCUCCAGGAAUGCCAGGAGCAUUGCCGACUGACAAGCGCAUGGCUAACGAUGAAGACUUCACUUUCAAAAAUCUGCAGCUGGUUCAAUUUUUCCAAGAGAAAGCGAAUGAGGUCGCUCCGGUUCUCGAAGCUAACAUUGAUAUUCUGACUGAAAUGAAAGAGCACUAUCAGUUCAUGUUUAAGUCCCCGGAUUUCCCAGACGAGAUCAAAGACAAUUGUCAGGCAGAAUUUGCUCACUUCGAGAAACAUGUCAAUAAGAUUAUUACCGAUCUUCAACGACAAAAGUCCAGAACUGCAAUUUUACAGACACUGUUAGGUGAUCGGAAAAGCUUGCUCUAUGGAAUCCUCAACAAGCAGGCUAUAGAAACCAGCAAGGCCUUGACCAAAAGGGCCCAGAUCUCAACUGAGCGAAUGGAACUCGUGACAGAUUCAAUGCACGAGAUUGCCAAGAAAACAAAGCAAGAGACCGUUUCCAUGAAAAUAAUCACUCUCGUUACACUCUUCUUUCUCCCGGGAACUUUCAUAUCUACCAUCAUGAGCACCGAUAUUUUACAUGUCACAAAUAAUCAGGAGGAUUUUUCUAUCCGGGCCCUGCAGAUAUAUCUUGAAGUCACCAUACCAUUCAUGGCCCUGACGUUCGGAGCCUGGCGCGUGUUAUAUGUGAUGACAAAGAGGCGGGGACGGAACACGGAAAAGGAGAAAGGGAGACGUGUGGCCAGUGGAGAUUAUUCCAUGGCGUAA